AUGACUGCUUCUGUCUCCAAAUUCGUGUUAUUAUUUUCUAUGCUACUAAUUGUUCUUGUUGCUUUGCAAUUCAAGGGUGGCGAGAGUAGUUCAUUCCAAAAUGAUAAAGUAACAUUAACGAUCACCAACACCUUACAAAACAACAUUCAGCUUGGCCUUCAUUGUCAAUCUAAAGAUGAUGAUCUUGGAGUCCAUACACUAAGAACUUCACAAAGUUUUGCCUUUACCUUUAGGCCUAACUAUUUUACAAUUGAUACCUUGUAUUUUUGUAGGUUUACAUGGGCUAGUGAAGUUCACUACUUUGAUGUUUAUGUUCAAAGGAGAGAUUUUGAAUCAGAUGACUGUAGACAUACAUGUGAUUAUAAAAUAAAGGAAUCAGGACCGUGUAGGGGGGGUGGUCAUUGUUUCCCUUGGAAUAAGAAUGUUGCGGUAGAAGGGAGACAAUUUGAUGGAAAAAAAUAUCACUCUUGA